AUGGUUGCCUUCAAUACGGACCGAUUCGUGGAUCCGGUGUCUCAGCACCUGAUGUGCAGUAUUUGCCACAAUGUCUUCGACACAGCGGUGAUCACCAAAUGUGGUCACACUUUCUGCAGGGAUUGUCUCGACCAGUGGCUCACCACCGAUGACCAGAAGGAGUGUCCCGACUGUCGACAAGUGUUGAGCGCGAGAAAGACGAACAGAAAGAGGACCAGCGAUGCCAUCAGUGAUAAUAACAACGGCUUUCUCAUUGGCGGCGAUGUUGUGGUCACGAAGAAUAUUAUCAUCAAUUCAAUGAUAUCUGAGUUGAGAAUCAGAUGCCAUUACGAGAGCGUCGGGUGUCCUGAAGUGGUGGCCGUCCAGUCAUUGCCAACACAUCUGAAGACAUGCGGCUAUAAGUUGUGUCACUCAUGCGGUCUCAGCGAUGCUCUCAUUGCCCACAACUGCACUCAACUCACGAGGAAUGCUAUGAAUGAGUGGAGAGAUAAGUAUAAAGCGAUGCAAAAGAAGUACAAAUCAUUGGAUAACGAGUUGAAGACAUCUGUAGACUUGGUCCACAAGAAGACGAUACGAGUGAACAAAUUGUCUGAAAUAGAAGUAUCGGUUCCCUUCAUAGCGUACUCCGAGUCCGUAAUGAUGGGCACCUAUAAGACACACCCAUUGGAUGUGAUCGUGGCAUCGGAUGGCAUCAAGAUAUCCGGCUUUCCCAUCAUCACUGGUUCGCUGUACUACCAUAUCUUCAUACCAUUCACUACAAUGAGACGCCUUUCCCUCUACACCGCAUCCACUUUCACAUUGCUGUGCAUUAGGCCUACCAUUGAGUCGAGUCUUAAGAUCAAAGAGUUCCUGAACUUAGGGAACGACUCUCCGGACGAACUCCGAUUUGAUGUCAUGUCUAGCGAUCCGAAACAACAGAAUAUUCUGAUUGUAUUGAAAAGACAACUGACGGAGAAGUUGGCCAAAACGGUGUCCGAGAAUUGCAAGCGUUUGAGCCCUGACGCAGACUGUCAGCCCGUGGAUGCCAAUGAUAUGAAUGACAAGUGGAUGACGGAGUGGGCACACCCUCCCCCCGUCACUAUUUAGUAAUCUAU